ACAGCGCAAGCACGGGUGGACGGCGCUGCACUGUGCCGGUAGGAAGGGACAGUGCGAAGCUGUGAGUCUGCUCUUGGAUAGAGACGCACAGUUGGACGAAAAGGACAACAACAACAGGACGGCACUUCUGCUGGCAGCUCACAGGCGCCCUCUUGCGAUGCGGCUAUUGUUGCAAAGAGGCGCGGAUGUGAACCAGAAGGGAAACUUUGGACAAACCGCGCUCCAUCUGUCCGCGUUAACAGGCUGCCUGGACGCUAUAAAUCUCUUACUAGACCACGGUGCGGACGUGAACGCGAAGGACACCAAGGAGUGGGCGGCAAUCGACUUCGCAGCCAUGAACGACCACCUCGCUGCAAUACAACUACUAUCCUCCCGGGGCGCUGACCUGAACAGCUUCAACAAGGCCAUGCUCCACCACGCGGCGUACGGAGGCUACUGUGACGUCAUCAAGCUGUUACUGGACAGGGGUGCCGACGUCAACGGACGUCAGAACGGGAACCUGACCCCUCUCCAUGACGCAGCGACGUCAGGGCACCACGACGCCAUCCACCUUCUACUUGAGCGAGGGGCGGAUCUAGAAGCUAAGGACGAUUCCAACACCACUCCGCUUGCUCUGGCGUCACUCACCGACGCAGUCGACGCUUUCAAGCUGUUACUGUCGCGCGGCGCUGACGUCAACGUCAAGAACAGCGAAGGCGUCACGCCGUUACAUCAUGCUGCGGCGUACGGGUCUUAUAACUACGUUGUCUGGCUGCUGGAGAGAGGUGCACACGUAAACGUACAGGACAACCUGGGCUUCACUCCGCUACACUACGGCGUGAAGGACUGGGGGUUAGUCGGCAAGCUUCUUCGUAAAGGAGCUGAUGUUGAGAAGAGAACUAACCAGGGCCGCACGGCACUACAUCACGCCGCCCAUCCCUGCAUAGACAGUGUGGAGACCGUAGAACUGCUCCUCCUAGCGGGUGCGAACAGCGAGGCAGUCGACGAACGGGGCAAGAAACCGAUUGACCUCGCGGAACAGCACAGCAAAGUCAAACUGAUCCUAUCAAAUCAUAGAAAAUCUUACCCGAAUCUUCAGCGGUUGUGCCGCAUGUGGAUCAGAAACUUGUUUGGAAGAGGCAGUGAAGAUAAAGUGAACGCCCUCCCCCUUCCACCAUCUGUGAAGGACUAUUUACUAUUCAAGGGAAACAGACUGGUUAGCACACAUAUCUAAAGCUAUUUUAGUGAUUUUCAUGUUAAAUAUGAUCACUUCACUUUGUUUAAGUUAUUCAAAAUGAAUGAUAUAACAUAAGGUCCAAGUCAUUUUGCACACACAUUUAUGUUUUGGUGGUUUAUGCUGUGUUUAAUUUGUUGGUUGGGAGAAUAUAUUUAAACUAACAUUAUAUUAUGCUGCAAUUUGUAUAACGUUAUAUGUAACGUCAUUGUCUUGUACCCUGUGGGAGUUGCCAUGGCAAAAAGGAAAUAAAUAAAUUUACUAUAAUGAUA